AUGCCCUACAGGGUGUUAGAGUGGAAAAAGGCAGCCGAAAAAGCGACUCAGGACCGCGGAGAGCUUCUUGACAUCUAUCAGCUUAAAAUGGACAAAGCACCCUCUAUGGCUGAAAUACGUCUCAGAUUGACUGAAAAUGAACUAUCUGCUAAUGGUAGGACUGGGUCUGUUGCAUGGUUGAUCGAGGGUAUAAAUAUAGAAAAUUCUCAAGAUGCCUUGAGAUUGUCUAUAAGGCAGCUGCCCCAGGAUCCAACUGCUUCCCAGAGAACCGGGAUUGAAGAAAAACGGCAAAAGCUCAUGGCACGGAUUAUUAAGUUCCAUGAGGCUGCAGAGGUCAUGACUAAUGGUAUGGAAUUGAAGGGAGGUGAAGGAGCACCACUGGACAACCCUGAACUGUGCCUGGAGGAGGCUGACAUAUCCAAUAUGGAAGAUCCAGAGGAAGAGGACAUUUUGGACUUCGACGGUAAUAUUGACUCACCUGCCGAAGUCACCGAGAUUUGGAUGCCAUCAUGGGCAGCCUCUGGUCACAUCAUGGAUGAUGUUGUCUUGGCAUUACGUCAAGAAGAACUCGAGCUUCGAAAGGGUCAAGCAAACGACUGCCUGGAAAAGCUUCGUCAAGCCCUGGGUGAUAGAUCAGUCGUCUUUCGGGAGAAAAUACACUCCAACAAAUCGGUCCAUCACCAGGGCACUAGAUCUAAAAAGGAACUCCAAACGAUAACUCUCUCCAUCAACAGACAUGCAAGAGGUUACAGCCGGGCAAGGGCUGCAAUGCUCCGCCUAGGGGCUGACUCUGAUACAGUGGCAGUGUAUCAACCCCUAAAGCCUCAGGACCUAGUGGUGAGCAAAGAAGUCACAGAAGAAAACAGGCAUGGGCAGGGUUCAGAUAAAUUGGCUUGGUUUUGGAGGAUCAACAAUGCGGAGGACAGUCAGAAGAACAUAUGGAUGAAUGAGUUUUAUCGUGUGAAUUGGUUGAAAGCUAAAGCACGGUAUGACCGUUGGUCAGAAGAACUGAAAUUGGUACAACAUGAAAUGUUUUGGACCAUAUCCUGGUUUCGGACACAGGAGGAGAGGUGGAGAGUUCGGGCAGAUGAAAGCAUCAAGAAUGGGAAUAGGGCAUAUGCUGAGAGGCAGGCAUCUAUGUGGGCAGAAUUUUCAGCUCAGGGCCUCAAGAAUUUUGAAGGAAAAUUACUUAUAACAAGUUGA